AUGAACUUGCCGGUCUCUUAUGAAGCUGCUUUGAAUCCCCUGAGGUUGAGGCUGUGGAGUUCUUCCAACUCCUCCUCGUGGGCUCUCUCCAUUUCAGUCGUCUCCAUCUUUCCGAGAACAAUCUCCUCCUCCCUUACCCCAUUAUCCCACAGGACUCAAUUUCUGUCUCCUCUGAGGUUAAUCCUCUGCCGAUCACGCUUAGCUGCUGAAUCUGAAAUACAUGGAUCAUUCAAUCAGAGAAUGGUGCCCGCGAGCCUCCUAACUGCGGAGAAAGAAGAAGCCAAGGCUGUACUCACAUUGUUUCUGAAGAAACAGGGUUUUAGCAAUGCAGUGGCAGCCAGAAUAGUCAACAAAUCGGAUCCUUUUGUCGACCACCUCGUUGCAAGGCUUCAUACCAUGCACAAAUCUCAUUACCUAGUAGGACGGGAACUGACGACUCUAGAGAUCAGGGAUGCACUAACUCCUUACCUUGAAACCCUCCUUGAUGAAUACGGAGAAACCCUAGUUGAUGUGGUGGAGAACUUUCCCAACCCACCUGUUAAAGAAAGUCAGGGAGAAGAUUCUCAAAGCCAGUACACCCCAGAAACUGUGGAUAUUUAUGUUUCGCCCUCAAAUGUUACCCUUGACUCAAAGAAGUUGAAAGCGUUGGCUCGAGUUAGUGAUCUUAACCCGACAGGGAAGCUACCUCCGCAUGUUACAUACCUUCUUGAGCUGGGAAUGGAGCUAGAGACAAUUCGGGAAGUGAUACGGAAGUUCCCAGCUUUCGCCUAUUACAGUCUUGACAGGAAAAUCAAACCUGUGGUGGACUUCCUCCUGGAACUUGGUGUGUCAAAGUCUGAUAUUCCAACCAUCAUCACCAAAAGGCCUCAACUCUGUGGUAUAAGUCUAUCGGAAAAUUUGAUUCCUACAAUGACAUUUUUGGAGAAUUUAGGAGUGGACAAAAGUCAAUGGGCAAAAGUCAUCUACCGCUUUCCAGCACUUCUUACUUACAGCAGGUCGAAGCUAAAAGGAACUGUUGACUUCCUGUAUGAAGUAGGUCUUUCUGCAGAACAUGUUGGUAAAGUUUUAACACGUUGCCCGAAUAUUAUCAGCUAUAGCGUUGAUGAUAAGCUACGGCCUGCGGUUGAGUAUUUCAGAUCCUUGGGGGUUGAUGUUGCACUUCUUUUCCAAAGAGCUCCACAAACAUUUGGGCUUAGUAUAGAAGCCAAUUUGAAGCCAUUAACGGAAUUCUUUCUGCAAAAUGGAUACAGCAUCGAGGAACUCAGAACUAUGAUUUCCAGAUACGGUGCGUUAUAUACUUUUAGUUUAGAAGGUAACUUGAUCCCGAAAUGGGAAUUCUUCCUAACAAUGGGAUAUCCGAAAUCUGAGCUGGUUAAAUUCCCUCAGUAUUUUGGUUACAGCUUAAAUGAAAGAAUAAAACCCAGAUAUGCAAUUGUGAAGGAGAAUGGAGUGAGGAUACUGCUGAAUCAGGUUUUGUCUCUCUCUGGUCCGGAAUUUGAUAAAGUUGUGCAGAGAAAAUUGAAAAAGCAGUACGGCAUUGAAAGUUAA